UCCGCGCAAACGGCGCUGAGGCCACGCCCCCGCGGCUGGCACCUGACACCGGGCAGCCGGGGAUUGUUGCGUCUGCUCCCCGACCUGGGAGAGUGUCGCUUGGCGGACUCUCAGCUUCCCGCGGGUCUCCGGGAAGAUGGUGGUGUCCUACGCGCGGCGCGCGGCCCAUCCCUGCUGUCUGCAGAAGCGCUUUUCCUUUUUGUGUUGCUUUAAGAUCUCUUUGAUGGCCGCAGUGCUCCUGAUACCCAAGCCCUCUGAUGCCUGUGAUCCUCCUCCAAGAUUCGAGUUUAUGAAGCCAAAUGCUACUAAAUCCAGUUAUAAUCCUGGGGACAUAGUAUACUUUGUUUGUCGACCAGGAUACAAGCCUGUUAUACAUCCUCGUCCCAUGUCUUCCGUUUGUCAGGCUAAUAACAUGUGGACACCUCUUCAGGAGGCUUGUACAGCAAAACAAUGUCAGCAUCCAAGAGAACCGGUAAAUGGCCAGGUAUCCGCUGUAAAUGGAUCUUUUUCCUUUGGUUCGCAGAUUCACUAUUCUUGUAAUGAGGGUUAUAGGCUAGUUGGAGAAAGAAUUCUAUACUGUGAAAUUUCUACUGCUGAUGAAAGAAAAGUGACUUGGAGUGAUGAUCCCCCACUAUGUAUAAGGAUAAUGUGUCCACCACCUGGAAAAAUACCAAAUGGAAAAUAUACCGGUAGUGAGAAGGAUGAAUUUGAAUAUAAUGAAGUGGUAAUUUACAGUUGUAAUCCUUCAAAUGGACCAGAUGAAUAUUCACUUGUUGGAGAGAGUAAUCUUAUUUGUACUGGCAAUGGUGUAUGGAGUAGUAACCCUCCUGAGUGUAAAGUCGUCAAAUGUCCAUUUCCAAACCCUGAAAAUGGAAGACUGUUAUCAGGAUUCAGAAAAAAAUACUACUACAAAGCAACAGUCACAUUUGAAUGCGACCCAGGUUAUUACCAUGAGGGUGAGAACACAGCAGUCUGUGGUAGUAACAGUACUUGGGAGCCUGCGAAGCCAACGUGUCUUAAAGUGCUCAUUCCUUCCAGUACCAGUCCUCCAAUUUUGAAUCAUACAGUGCUGAUUCCUUCCAGUACCAGUCCUCCGAUUUUGAACCAUACAGUGUCGACUCCUCCCAGUACAAAACCUCCAAUUCCAAGUGUCUCAGAACCCGAGUCUCCUCAUACGACUAUGCCUCCGAGUUCAACAACUACACCUCCAGGACCUCGCCCAAACCCUGGUGAUGACCCAAACCUUGAUGGCCCUAAGACUUUAGGUGGAGGCAUCAUUGCGGUGAUCGUUGUUUCUGUUCUUGCUGUUGUUGUGGUACUUGGCGGCUUCCUGUGUUAUCGACACAAGAAGAAAGGGGAAAGAGAACCUGGGGCCGAAUACCAUGCUUAUCAGGUUAAAUCAACUAUGCCAGCCGAUCACUAAAAGGUUUCUACACACUGGUAAAUCCUUUGAGAUCUACAGUAAAUUCACACAGCUUUACGGAAAACAGUACAAAUGUUCCUCAAAAGAUUAAGAACAGAAUCAUUGGAUGAUCCAACAGUUCCACUCAUGGGUAUAUAUCCAAAGGAAACAAAAUAACUGUACAGCACUCUUUUCACUGCAGCAUUAUUUAUAAGAGCCCCAACGCAGAAACAACCACGGAGGGAGGCAUUCUAACAGAAAACGUGCUCCGCAAAUAUGGCGGCAUACUAUUCAGCCAUAGAAAAGAAGGAAAUCUUGAUGUUGAGGGCAGAAUAUAUGGACCCUCCAGGCAUUUUGCUAAGUGAAAUAAAAGUGAAACAGAAGGACACAUACUGUAGGAUUUUACUUGUUGUAGAAUCUAAAAACAACAACAACAAAAAAAGGAAAAAACUCCUAGAAACCAGAUUGGUGGUUGCUCCGCGAGGGGGGUGAGCAGAAUUGGGUGAAGAACGUCAAAGGGGACAAACAUCCAGUUUUAACAUUAGCAAAUACCGGGAUAGAAUUAACGUGUGGCCUGGUGACUUUCAGCAGUGCUGCUAUAUUGUAUAUUAGCAAGCCGUUAAGAGUAGAUCUUAAAAGUCCUGAUCAGGAAAACAAAAAUUUUUGUAAUUGUGGUGCUAUCAGCUAAAUUCUGUGGUGAGCAUUUCACAACAUAUCUUAUCAGUUCAGGCUGUACACACCUUAAAUGUAUACCAUGUUACAUGUCAGUUACGUCAGUAAAACCAGGAGGGGGAAUAAAAGGGUUCUAUAAAAAUCAUUGUCUAGGUUUUUUUUUUUUUCACUCAGAUAAGUGCAGCCGUUAAGCCAUAAUGCUAGCAUUUUAAUGUGGUUUGAAUGCUUUGAUGCUGCUUUGAACAGUGUAUGAAUAUGGGAAUGAACUUCUGGCCUGUUUUCCCUUAAAUAACACCUGCAUUUAUAGGACAACUCAACACAGUAUCCCUGGUAGUAUUUAGGUGGGAAGAUAAGUUUUUUAAAUGAAAUACCCAAAUUUAGAGAAUUGUGCAAGAUAAAUUACAUUUUAUUUGUAAAGAAAGUGAUUUUGAAAUCCUUUUUGUUCAAAGAUUGAGAAGUCUUGAUUCACUCAACAACUCUUAAGAUGUGUUUUAUGUAUUGUUCUGUGUAAACAGCCUUACAAAUGUGUGUAUUCUACUUCGGCCCUUAACAUUAAAAAUGGGAACACUGAAAAUUGGGAUUUCGAGCAAGUCUGACUUCCUUAACUAAGAAUAUUAUUGGAAAAUACUCUGAAUGGGGGAGAAUUCUAUAUAUACAUGUUUUUAACUAUUUGUAAUUUUCCUGGUGAUUUAAGGAAGUUAUAACAUGUACAGAGACCUGUGCUUCACUUUUUCAAGCAUCAGCAGUCUGAGACAUGCAUGAGGGAUCAGAUUGGUUGCAAACUCCUGUACAACAUCAGGGAUCCAGCGCUCACUUAGCAAGAACGCCAGCUGGUGCCAGAGGGAACACUGUGGCCUUGCAGUUUCCUCUAAGAGGAUUCUGCUCUUUAGGAAAAUUUGAUUCCACUCUAAAUUCCGGCAGGGGGCCCUCUUCUCCCGGUACUUGAAUGCAGAGAGGUCUUACUUUAGACAAGGCUGUGUAAAAGGGGUGAGGUUUGCAGGAACGUGGCCAUCGGAGAAGCUCAGGUUCUCUCAAAAAGCAGAGUAAAGACUAAGGCGCGCGUUUCAGAGGAGGAGACUGCCUGCCGUUGGUCGUGCAGAGGGACAGAAAGAGCCAGCCGCUGAGGUGGCAGCGGAUGCUUGGUUGGGACAGACUGUGGCCCCUGCGUCCUCACCCCAGGCAGGGUCUCCUUCAGAGAAGCCCAGAGGGGCAGAGGAGGGAUGGCCACUCGAACUCACAUGACACUUGUAUGAGUUUCAUCUUGCACUUGGAUGGUUAAUAGGGCCAGUUUGGCAAAGAAGCGUUGCCUGGAGAAGGAUAAGGUUGGGAAAACAGCGCGGAGCAGCUAAGUCCUGUCUGCAGAUGAAGGCAUGUCUGUGGUGCACUGUCCGUGUUCCUUCCCUCUGGGAUCUGCCAGCCGGAGCAGAAAGAAACGGGAAUUCUGAAAUCAGUGCGGAGGGGAAACCGGACCCUCCCCAGCAGUACCCUGCCCAUUGCCGCCUACUCUUCGGGGGGUAGCACUGGCUCAAAGCAAGGGAUGGCUGGGCCCUUUAUUUGUAACGGGCCGAACUGAAUCUUUUCAACCAAAGAUUGUUAUGCUUUC